AUGAGACUCUACCAUGUGAACCUUUUUCUCACGACCGUGUUUCUGUGCCUCAGCGCCGCCUACAGCCAAAACUUUGAAACGGGUGACAAUAGUACUGUGAUCGGAUGUUCGUAAGUUGUUUUACCAUAGUAUCUUGUAAUAUAUAAUGUAAUGUAAAUCGAUUUUAGUUAUUUUACAUUAAAAAUGCUAGAUUAAUAUGGUAUUUUUGGUCGAAAAGUAGGGAGAACUAACUUUUAUGUUCAAAUUUGAUGUUGUUUUUGAUUUUUACGUCUAUAUUUUAAGUAUAAAAUGUAUUUUCUAUAAACUUUUUGACCUAAAAAUGUCUUUUCUACAAACUUUUGGACCAAAAAAUUACUUUUGUAUAAACUUUUUGACCUAAAUUGUCAUUUUAUAUUGUUUCAGAUCCCACUGCUCAUUCAGAGAUGAAGAUCUAUCCUGUUACAAUACGACACUACAGUUCUUCGAACAUAUUCUCCUUGGUCACAUGAGGCAUUACGUUUCCGUCCAAAUGAACAUUGACCAAUGGAACCGAAGGCACCAAAAGGACUAUAAACCCGACUUUGUUGGGAUGAAGGAACGGUCCACUAAAAGGUUAUGUAAGUUGGUUUUGGGAGGGUUUUGUUUGAAAUGGCUGACUUGAAAGCGGGUUCACUAGGCUCGGCCCGACCUUACUGGGCCAGGUCGAAAAAGCUUUAAAAAGAGCCGGGCCGGAUUGUGUGGGAUCGGGGGCCAGGCUCAAAGUAAAGCCUCAAGGGCCCAACUCAUAAUUAUUAAAUAUAAAUUUGAUAUGCGAGUGGAUAAAAGUUAAUUCUGCCAAUAUUUAAGUAUCAUUCCUUCGAGAAGAUGAUGUCAUAACAAAAGAAACGGUAACCACGGUAGUGUCAGAACUAAUGGAACAAGUAGCUGAAAGAUCAGAUCAUUUAAUCAGCUGGACUCCUCAUUACAGGUAA